AUGCAGAGGAACACUGGCUUCUGCAAGAGCUUAGUGAAGGCAGACCAUAGUACAGUCAUGACUAAUAAGGCAAUCUAUGGAGAUUUCAACAGCAACAAGAAGAAUAUUGAAGAUGGUGAAGUCUGUACGGAUGGGUACCCAUGGCCUCCGAGGGCUUACAUUUGUGGCUUCUGCAAGAGAGAAUUCAAAUCAGCUCAAGCUCUGGGUGGCCAUAUGAAUGUUCACAGGAAAGACCGAGCCAGGCUCAGAUGCUCAUCCCCAGCAGAUUUUGCUGGUCAGUACACUCACAGUACUAUACUUAAUCUCAACCUUAAACCUAACCCUAGCCCUACCUUCGUAUCCUCACCACCACCAUCAUCAUCUCCCUUUUCCACUGUUUCAACUAGGCAGCUCCCACAAUUAACUACUAGCUCUAGCUCAGUACCUUCUUGGAUAUUACAAUCUUCUUACCCGCCUCCUAUAUUUUCAUCACCAUCUGCUACUUGCCAUGGUGAAAACAUGAAAUGGUUUGUGAGUGGUAACCUUUCCAUUCCUUCUGCAAACCUCAAAAGUUCGGAUUUAAUUUCUCAAAUGAAGAUUAAUGCAAAGUCUCAAGACGAUGGGUGCAUGAGGUUGGACUUGGAGAUCGGUGUUCAUGGCGGUGACUCAAAGGAUGACAUCGAUUUGGAGCUUCGAUUAGGAUACUCCUAG